AUGUUGGAUACAGGUAGCUCACAUGCUGAUGAGGGCACACAAACACCUUCCAUCUCUCUGACGCGCCCCGAAGAUUGGAAGUACAUCGCAGAAGGAAACGCGACGAUCGCCUUCACGUACACCGGCCCAGAUUCAAACUUUCGCGAGUUCGCCCUCAGGCUGCGCAAGACGAAUGCAGCUGCCCCAAAGGACGUGAUGCGAGAGCCGAACUCGGGGAUUGGGCUCACAGCUGGGCACACGCGGUCAGAUACCCUACGCACUCCGCGUUUCACGGCAUCAGAAGAGGGAGACCAUGCGUGCAAAGACCUUGCCUUCCAUUCUCAGGUGAUCGCGCGUCUUCUUCCGAACGAAUGCCUUCCGCGGAUCAAGACGGUGAAGCUGGAGAGAGGUUGGCUCGAAAGCUUGCAUGCUCUCGAAGGACGCACGUAUAGCAGACCUGCUGCUCGAAAGAGUGUCGGUGGAAUUGAUGUCUGUGCUGAUACAGGCGUCCUUGCCACUGAUCUUGUAGGUUCUGCGCCGCUUGCGGUUGAAAUCAAGCCUAAGUGGGGCUUUCUUCCGUCCACAUCCAAGUGGCUUUCUCGUGAGACGGCACCGGUAAAGACGACGACGUGUAGAUACUGCAUGCACUCUUGCCUCAAGCUACAUGGGCGCGACUCAAACUCGAGGUCCUUCUGUCCUCUUGAUCUUUACUCUAGAGAUGAAGAGCGCGUGACGCGAGCGAUCUCUGCUUUAUGGGACGAAUGGGCCGCUGACGAUGCCUCGUUCAAUAAUUUGAGGAUAUUUGCGGAAGGCAAACCGGUACGACCCAACGAUCAUAACAGUCUCGCACGGCUGGCUCAAGUGCUGGGCUACCCAAAGUCCAAUCUUACUGGCUUCUCAUGCCUCAAGGAUGUGUUUUGCUCCGCGCUUGUACCUCUGGUGCUAACGACAGCGGCUUUCAGUACACUAGCAGAACUGCAACGGUCCCUCGACGUGCUAGACAUCGAAGGUCUCCUGGCUAUUCACAAACGCGCGGCGUUAUCAAUCUCAGAUCUUGCAGAGCCGACAAUUGGUGACUGGAACGCCUUCGUGGAUACAUACACCUCUGGGUUCCGUACGUGGAAUCAUGAGAAUCCCGCCAUGGGAAAUGCCGCAACAUAUAGACUUGCUUACACGCUAUCUGCGACAUUCAAGGACUGCUCUGUGAUCCUCCAACCGCACUCCACCACUCCAGCCUCUGAUACGCGUGGAUGCGCUGCCGUCAUAGAUUUGGGCGUAAAGCCGCUUUCUCGCUUACAAGAGUGGGCUUCCAAAGACAGAAAAAUUGCUUUGUUCUACGCAGAGCAUGUUCCCGAGACGGAGCGGCGAACUUGCAUCGAUAACAACAGAAAGCUCCGAGUCUCCUCAAGGUGCAGCAAUUGGCGCGCGGAUCUUGCUGAUAUUUUUCGCGGCGUUCUCCGUCGAUGAGAGCCCGUGUCUUUUUGCGAAGUAACCUUCGACAUCGUCUGUGUGCCCCUGGACACGAGCAAAUCAUGCCCAAAAUCGAAACUUUGUCUAUCUUUGCGACAUCAUGCAUAUGCCGUGCCUGUGAUGCGGGCGCUAUUCCCCUUACCUCCUUCUGCUGCUAAUUUUUUUUCUUGUGUUUUCAUGGUUAUUCCGGCGUACAAUCGCCUCGAACACGGCAUCGACGCGAAUUGGAAAUCUUUCAAUUAUGGGUUUCGCCUUCACAUUCACGACCAACGCAGUGGGAGACCCAUCAGUAACCACUCCCUGAUACGAAAAACGACUUCUGACAUCAGCUUCCGUGGCUGCCCUCCACAAGCCUCCACAUGCCUCAUGUUUUCGCCGCUUCCACCAUGCGGAUAUGGGUCUGAUCAUUCCCAACGAAGGCUUGCUGAAUUGCACACUUCCACAUAUGAUCUCGACAUCCCCAAAUGCUCGUUCGCUUAGCGAUCGCGAUGGCAGCGAGGCCGAGCAUCGACGCUGACACGCCAAUAUAUCCCUACCCGCGAAGGUCAUACGGAGGGUCAAUCAUAAAUUGGGUCUCAGGCACCGCGUGGUCGACGGCGUUAU